AUGGGUUCCGUCGAAACGCUCACCACAAUCUCCCCCACCACCAACGAGGGCAUCCUCCAGCGCACGGGCGUGUCCCCGAGUGAGUUGGAACAGCUACCCAAGACCGCCACAGAGGCAUUCAAGUCUUGGAGCAAAACAAGCCUUGCGGAUAGGCAGAUCAUUAUUCGCAAGGCCCUCGAGGGCCUAUCCGCCAAGAAAGAUGAGCUAGCCAACGAGUUGACCGUGCAGAUGGGCCGCCCUAUCGCUUACACCGGAGGGGAAGUUGCCACCGCUAUCAAACGCGCAGAGUACCUCUUGAAGAUCAGCGAUGAGGUGCUCAAGGACACGGACGGUGAGCCCGAAAAGGGAUUCAAACGCCUCAUUCGCAAGGUGCCCGUCGGUCCCGUCUUGGUCAUCUUCGCCUGGAACUACCCGUACCUCAUCCUGGUCAACUCGCUCAUCCCUGCUCUCCUGGCCGGCAACACGGUGAUUCUCAAGCCGUCACCGCAGACUCCCACCAUCGUCGAGCAAGUAGCCAGUGUCUUUGCCGAUGCUGGCCUGCCCCAGGGCGUCAUCCAGUACUUCCACUGCGGCUCACCCACCCUAAUGGAGACCAUCGUCCGUGACCCACUCGUCAAGCACGUCUGCUUUACGGGCUCGGUGGCAGGUGGGUUGGCAGUCCAAAAGGCUGCUUCCGAUCGUAUCGUCAACGUCGGGCUCGAGCUUGGCGGCAAGGAUCCGGCGUACGUGCGCAACGAUGUUGACGUCGACUGGGUGGCCGGGGAAAUUGUUGACGGCGCCGUCUUCAACUCGGGCCAGAGCUGCUGCUCCAUCGAGCGGGUCUACGUGCAUGACGACAUUCAUGACAAGUUUGUCGCGGCCGUUCAGAAAGUGCUCGAGGGUUAUGUUCUAGGCGACCCGCUAGACAAGAGCACCCACGUGGGGCCGGUCGUGUCAAAGCGUAGCAAGGAGGCCAUCGAGGCACACGUCAAAGACGCGAUCGAGAAGGGGGCUAAAGAUGCGACCCCCAAAAACGAAUCGUUUGAUACUGUACCUUCAAGCUCCAAGGGCAACUUUGUCAAGCCUACCCUGCUGGUGAACGUUGACCACAGCAUGCAGGUCAUGAAGGACGAGACCUUUGGGCCCGUCAUUCCGGUGAUGCGGGUCAAGAGCGACGAGGAGGCAGUUCAGUUGAUGAACGAUAGCGAAUUCGGCUUGACGGCCAGCAUAUGGACCAAGGACACAGACAGAGCCGCCAAACUGAUCGACGAUGUCGAAGCUGGCACGGUCUUUGUGAACCGAUGCGACUACCCCAGCCCGGAUCUCGCGUGGACCGGUUGGAAGAACUCAGGCAAGGGACAAACGCUGAGUAGGUUUGGCUUCGAUCAGUUUGUCAAACUAAAGAGCUAUCACAUGAAAGAUUACCCGAAAUAA